AUGGUCCCCCAUCACCCCAAUCUACGCUCCCUACGGGACUCCGCUACAGCGGGUUGCGACCUAUGCCAGUUGAUCUGGACAUCCAUCCAACAACAAAACCCCGAAGUCGAGAAAAUUGACGCCGUACUAACUGGUCAAUCCCCAGAUGGCGAACCACUGUUUAGCGAGCAAGUAUGGCUAAGAGGAUCAUUUAUGGACACCUCCCGCGGGCGGGAACCACGGGGUUCCGCGAAUGUGAGCCAGCAGGAUGGUGGAAGUCAAGUAUACGUGGAUUGUGGGAAUGAAGAGAAUCCAGAAACGACUAUGAGCCCGGCGAUGCUAACGAGCACGCUGUGGGUAUUUGCUGACCCAGGUACACCAGCUGGGUCUCGCUUCGUAGAGCGCUAUAUCAGCGCUGACAGGAAUUCCGACGGGUACGUUGAGUUCGGUCGCGCGAUGCUUUCAGUCUGCCGGAAGAGGCACCCGGAGUGCGGACCUGUAGACCUAGAUGCAGCACCUGAAAUGCCUACACGGGUACUCGAUAUAGGGACCUCUUCAGGGGACUCGAUAAAACUGGUUUACGCACGCCUGCACGGGCUACGCAAGCCCUAUUUAGCACUGUCUUACUGCUGGGGUCAGGGCGUACGCCAUGCUACAGAGCUCCGCGACGAAAAUAUCAGUUCUCUCUUAGAAUCUAUCGAUGAAGCAGCUUUAACGGCGUCGCAUCAAGAGUGCAUCGCUAUCGCACGUCAUCUAGGUAUUCAGUAUGUCUGGAUCGACUCACUAUGUAUCAUCCAAGGAAACGCCGACGACUGGAACGAUGAAUCCAAGCUCAUGGCCGAAGUAUACGGCAACGCAACGCUCACCGUCGUAGCCAGUCGCUCAGCAGAUAGCCGAUCCGGGUUUGUAACAAACCAACACAAACAAGCAACGCCGCCUUGCGCACUUCCCUUCGGCGAGAAAGACGAGAGCGGAAAAGACAUAGGACCUAUCUUCCUUUACCUACCACGUGCGAAAACUCUCGGGCCCUUGAAUACGCGGGGUUGGUGUUUCCAGGAAGGUAUCCUCAGUCGACGGAAGCUGGUCUUCGAGAUGGAAAAGAUUUGCUUUUCAUGUCAACGGACGACACGAUGGGAAGAUGGCACCGCUGACGAGUCCGACAAGCUACGAGCGCGGUUGUUCCAGAGUAUAACGGAUGAUAAUACCAACAGCAACACCGAACCGCAAGCGCUAGGACAAGAUCAGCUACGUACUGAGAUGUUGCGGCUAUGGUACAAAUCAUUCCUCGUCAAAUACACACAACGCCAACUCACGAACCCCAACGACAUUUUCGCAGCCAUCAGCGGUAUUGCACAGCUAGCACAGCAAUCCAUAAAGUCCCGCUACUUAGCUGGUAUAUGGGAAGUCGAUAUAGUCGCCGGUCUGUUAUGGAACACAUGGUACUCAUUCGGUGCAAAAUCAACUAAUUAUCCAAUAACUUCUCCAAUGUAUCCCAUUAGGCCUAAGAGGCCAACCGAUUUAGAUGGCAAACAAAUUACUAGAGCCCCGUCAUGGUCGUGGGCUUCAAUAAUAGGCCAAGUCCACGAGCGCUCUACUCCACGAGACGAAGCCGUAUUCCGCGAUCCAUCUAAUUUCCUCGUCCGACCUUGCGAUAAUAACAACCGCACACCACCAAGGUGGACAGCAUCCGAUAGCCCCCACUGCGACACCAACAUCCUCCACAUGCCAGCCUGCGAGCUGCGUUUCCUCGGACGCCCGAAGCCCGUAAAAUGCCGUCCAACAUGGUCCGAAGUCCCAGGCUUAACGAGAAAAUGGCAUCUCCAACCCGGCCGACGGCGGAAGUCAGCGGAAGAGGGAUACCUCGUCCUCUUGGAACCCGCUGAAUCCGAGCAAGCCCAGCUGGACGAACUCGGUCUACUUCCGAAAGAGGAUACUCCGAAUCCCAACGCUUUAGUUUUCGCCGAAGCUUUCUUUGACAUCUCUGAAGAACGCCCUGGUAUUACUGACUGUUGGUUCUUACCACUACUCAAGGAGAAAUGGGUAGGUCUGUUGCUGAGUAAAAGUACAUCAGACGGCAAAUUCCGCCGUCUCGGCAUCGUCGUAGUGGCUAGAGAUCAGUUCUUACCAUGGGUGCUGUCAGGACCCGAAGAAGAAAUCCGUCUAGUAUAG